UUUUUUUUUUUUUUCCUUAUUUGAAUUUCAUGUAGCUACUUACCUAGAAGAGCUGAAUAAAGAACAAGGCUUAUGCCUAACCUCCUAUGUCUUUAGUCUUUCCAGCAUAAAAGCUUUUGGAUGCCAAGGGAUGCUGGGUGUCUAACUGAUGGAGAAAUAGGCUAUGAUAGUUCCACAAGAAUUGAACCAAAGCGUGGACAUCAGUGGUUUAUGGAUACCACUGGACAAGAAUUGUUCAGCAAUAAAAAGCAAGCAAUUGAAGGUGUUGGUAACCGGCCAGUUUUGGGAACUUCUCAUAUGAAUGUUUCUCCAUGGCAUAAUGCUACCAAUUUUCAGUCAGUUUCAGGACAAUUUAGUGACCGCCUAUUUGGGUCUGAGGCUGUACGAACUGUUAAUAUGGUCGAUAGAAAUGUCCCUUCUGCAGGUAGUGGAAGUAUGAGCAUGGAUAUGGGAAGGAAGGAUUUCAGUGAUCAAUAUGGUAGCAAUUCCUCUAUGGGUUUGUCCAUGACUCACACCAUCGACGAUCCAUCAGGGUGUAUUAGUUUUGGUGGACUCAGAAAAGUUAAAGUCAAUCAAGUUAGGGACUCUGGAAAUGACAUUUCUGCAUCCAUGGGGCACUCCUAUAGUCGUGGAGAUAACAGUGCAAUUUCAAUGGGUGCGGUAUAUGAUAAGAAUGAUUGCAGUACCAUAUCAUUGGGGCAAACUUAUAAUAAUGGGGAGGAUAAUACCAUCUCGAUUGGCCCCAACUUCACUAAGGCAGAUGGCAAUUUCAUUUCAAUGGGCCAUGCCUUCAAUAAAGGAGAUGGAAAUUUUAUAACAAUGGGUCAUAAUGAUUAUACUAAGGGAGAUGACAAUAUUUUAUCAAUGGGUCAGCCCUUUGACAAGGAGGAUGCUAACUUUAUAACAAUGGGCCCAUCAUAUGAAAAGGAAGACAGCAAUGCCAUAUCAAUGGCUCCUUCCUUCAGCAAGGGACAUGAAAAUUUCAUUUCAAUGGGCACUACCUAUGAUAAAGCAAAUGAGAGUUUCAUUUCUAUGGGCCCUUCUUAUAGCAAGGGAGAUGAUAGUAUCAUGUCCAUUGGUGUGAACUAUGACAAGGCAGAUUCCAACAUGACAUCAAUGUGUUUUGCUCAGGACAAAGGGGAUUCCAACAUUCUAUCCAUGGGUCACAACUAUAACAAGUGUGAGAGUAAUACCAUAUCUUUUGGAGGUUUUCAUGAUGAACCUGAGGCAAAUCCUUCUGGCAGUAUAAUCAGUGGCUAUGAUAUGUUAAUCAGUAAUCAUAACUCGGCUCAAGUUUCAGAAAUACCUGGUCCAAAAGAUUUUGUUCAGUCAAAUGCAGAGCCAACUGUAAAUAAUGCCCCAAAAGCUAACUCAAAAACUGAUACUGCCUCUAAAAAUAAAGAUGCAAAGGCAUCUAAGAAGAUUCCGCCAAACAACUUUCCUUCAAAUGUCAAAAGUUUGUUAUCGACCGGCAUGCUUGAUGGGGUUCCUGUAAAGUAUGUUUCAUGGUCAAGGGAGAAAAAUCUGAAAGGAAUUAUAAAGGGAACUGGGUAUUUAUGUGGCUGCCAGGAGUGCAACUUUUCUAAGGCUCUAAAUGCUUAUGAGUUUGAGCGUCAUGCUACCUGCAAGACCAAGCACCCUAACAAUCAUAUUUACUUUGAGAAUGGAAAGACCAUCUAUGCAGUUGUUCAAGAGCUGAAGAGCACUCCUCAAGAGAUGCUUUUCGAUGCAAUCCAAAAUGUGACUGGGUCAUCAAUUAAUCAGAAGAAUUUCCGUAGCUGGAAAGCAUCGUAUCAAGCUGCCACCCGUGAACUUCAGCGUAUCUAUGGAAAGGAUGAAGUUGUCAUGCCAUCUUGAGAUAAAGAUACCAGUUCUAGAAUGUGGGCGGCAGUAUGUUCUGUGCUUAGCAACAUACAUCUUUGGUAAACUAUCAACUUGCUUUGGGAUUUUAACAACUUUGAGGAGACAAAGCUUAUUGAGAUUUUAUCCUUUUUUUUUUUAUUGAAUAAAACCCAAGUUUUAAUUUCAGAUAAUUAAAUGUAUUAAAAUGGAAAUGUGUUAUAUAUGUAUGUGUGUGUGUGUGUGUGUGUGUGUGUGUGUGUUUAAGGUUGGCACCAGAGGAGCCUUCUCCAUAUUGGUUGAGGAGACAGCUGUUCCACAGAGGGGACGGAUGAGGGCUUGAGGGAAUUCAUUACAAUACCAUCUUUAAGGAGUAGUGCUUAUCAUUGAUAUCCUAGCCUAAAAUGAUGUGUUGGCUGGAAAAAAACAAAAAUGAACAGGCAUAUUGCCCACAAUAGAUUUGAUUAAAUGAACUUCAGUGCAAUAUCUUGAGUUUCUAUGGAAAAAUUGCUCUGGAAGACUUUAUUAUGCA